AAAUAAAAUAACAUAAAAGCAUAUUAAAAAGCGAAAAACGAGUAAACGUGAGCACGAUAAAACACGACAACCACAAACAAAGAGCUCGGGGCACUUUAUAUACCAACAUACAUACUUGUGUACAUAAGAUACUGGUGGAUACAUAAAAGCACGCAUAUAUCGCGCCAAAAAAGAAACAAGCAGCCAAACGAAAUAGGCCUUAAGCCAAUUGAACGUGAAUUUUAUUGGAUUUAAUUGUUGAAAGUAAAAGGAAACAGAAAAACCAUUACAAGUAAACAAGAACUGUUCCAACUAUUGGAAUUUUAUAGUAUAAUACAAAACGAUCCAGAGAUUCAGAGAGCUCCAGAGAGCGUAGCACGCGCAGACAGAUAUACAUAUCUUUAGUGUAGACGCCACAACAAACUGAAGGAGAUGAAUCGAAGUUUGCCAUCGAAUGGCAGCCGCAGCCUCGGACUUCCGGCUCUGCUGUUUACCCUCGUACUGUGUCUAGUGGCCCAGGCCGCCAGUCGACCCCCGACGGAGGAUGAGAGCGACAUUGCAGUCCUGCCCCCGGAUAUGGACAAUGUGGAGAUCCAUCAAGUGAGAAUGGUGGACGGUGUCAUGCAGGCGGACCAUCCGGUGAUCAUGUACAAGGAGGAUUUCGUCAGCGAGGAUUAUGACCCCAGCAAGAACGAGACGGCCACUACCGUGCACCACAAGAAGCACAAGCACUCACGGACGCACCACCAUCGACAGGAGCCCCACCAAGAGAAGGAGGAGGAGAAGAUCGUCUUCGACGUCCUGCCCGACAAACCCAUUGUGCUGAACGAUGACCUGGAAGCGGCGCCGAAGAAGAACCUGGAGGAGGCCGCGGAGCUGGUGAAGCCAACGAAGGAGGAGUGGCUGCGGAAGAGCCACAAGAAGUACCACAGCCGCCAGCGUCGUCAGACCUACACUCCGUGCUCCCACUCCAGCUACUACCAGACCCCAUCCCAUGCGGUCUACUUCCAGCCUCCAGCACCGCCCUCUCCCUAUUACUAUCUGCCAGCCAAGCCAUCACAAAGAUUGCCUGUGUCGGGAAAGAAGCCGAUCCUGCCCGGCAAGCUUCCCAUUUGGCAGGACAAAACGGACGAAAACCCCACCAACCCAAUGAGCAUUGGCUCCAGGGACGACUUCCUGCUGCACAACUCAGAUCCAGCUGAGGCCGAUUUCUCGAUAUUCAAUCAGCCCAGGCCCAAUCCCAAUGAGAUCAGUGGCAGUUCUGGCUCCAGCUCUGCCUCUGGCUCUGACAGAGGACGGGACAAUAUCAGCAACAGUCCGCCUUCAGUGAACAAUCAAGUCUGGGGACCCAUCAGCAAUUCCCGCCCAGUGAGCCGACCCUCCUGGCCACAGACGCAGACGACGAGUCGGCCGUGGGACUCCCCGCCCGUGACUGCCGCGCCCAGCUGGUCACGACCCACGCCCAGAGCGACACCCUCGCCCAAGGUCACCAACUGCGUGUGGGCGAUCGUGAACUGUUGCUCGAAGGGCAGCAAGAAGAUCCGGUACAACUGCUUCGAGGAGUUCGGCUGCAGCGGCGCCUUCUGGGGCAUCAAUCCGUGUGCCGACGAGACUGUGCUCGAUGCCGAUGAACGUCUCGAAGACACCUAUCCUCUUGACUCGCCCGUGCCUGUGGCAGAAUCAGCGCCCCUGGCGCCACAACCCUCCUACCGGCAAGACGCCCUGCGAUUUCCCGAGGAGUUUGACUACCAGCCGGGCAGCAACUGCCAACGCGCCUCGCAGCUCUGCUGCAGUCUGUACAGCCGGAACAUAGGCUCGCUAUACGAGUGCUUCCUGUACCAGGGCUGCGAGCAGACCCUCUCCAACAUAGUCGCCAACUGCUCGUAGUCCGCUACGAGUGACUGGCCACGGAUGCGGUCAGCCACCUCGUGUCUGCGACUGCAACUGCAAAUGCAUUUUCAAUUAAGUUCUUUUGCCUCGCCUUUUAGGCCCCGUUUGCCCUUACCAGCCAAAGUUUCCUGAUUCGUAGUCGUAGGAUGCAACAGAAAUUCUAGUCGGUGUAUGUUCUCUACUUGCAACAAAGGCUGGUGCAAACGGGGCUGUGUCCUUUGCCUACUUUGUAUUUAAUAAAACUCAUAAAUGAAAUGAAA